ACGGACGUUAAUAUGUUUUAAAAAAGAAAGAUGCGAGUUUUAUAAUAUUCUUCAAACCAAGUGUUACUUAGUAAAACAAAAAAUGUUUUACUUAUUUUAAUGAAUCAUCUAAUACUUAUUCUUGGUAGUUGAGUUGAACUUGUAUCUUGCCUUUAACCUUAUCCAUUCUAAUACAGCUAUCAUUUAAAAAUGUUUACUAGACUACUGAAACAACAGAUUAUUAUUCUACUAAAAUAAUAUUCAACAUGUAUACUUUUAAAUAAAAAGAAAAAAAGAUGAACACAAUGUAAAAAAUAGCUAAUCAAACAAAAGUUCUAAAUUAUAUUUUAAAAAUGCAUUUUGUUCAAGCAAAAUAAAAUCGAAAAGACAUAAAAUGAUGACAGUGAAAGGUUUUGUUAUGAACUCAUCUUCGGAUUAAAAUAAGAAAAUGAUUAUAUGAUGUAUGCUUCGAGUUAUUUGACUGAGUUUUUUCUACUUUGAAUAAAACAACUUGUAUUUGUAUGUAUGUUCUUGUAUAUUCUCUAUUUCCUACCUAAAUCGUGAUAUAUACUGUUAAUGAUUCAUUAAACAAAAACUAAGGUCUAUGAGCCGUUCAGACAUCGUGAUCUCUCUUUCUGUCCUUCUCCAUGUCUUGCUAUAAAAAAAAGCUGUUCUCCAUUUGCUUAUUUCAUGGGAAAAAUCUUUAUAAAACAUUCUGUCUUCCCCACAAGUCCUUGGCGUCUCUGCUAACUUUCCUCCCGAUUUUUCUGCUCUUAAAUCAAGGACGAGAUAGCUUACCCUUCACGCUAUAAACACACCUUUUCCCGAUUUUUGUCCAGUUUAUUUGUUGUAAAAAAAACUAAGAUAUGAGUGAACACAUGUUGGUAUAUGUCGAUCGAGUGAUGCGGCCAGUUCUCGCGGAGCCGUCUAGCCUCACGGUGAAGGAGGAUAAUGCAGUUUAUGUCUACGAUGGAGAUACUUUUGCUACGGAGAUGUGGUCGGCGGAGUGUCGUAUUUGCCAGGAGGAAUCCGCUAUUAUGAAUCUCGAGAGCCCGUGUGCUUGUAAUGGCAGCCUCAAGUAUGCUCACAGAAAAUGUGUUCAACGUUGGUGCAAUGAAAAGGGAAACACUAUAUGCGAGAUUUGUAAUCAGUCAUACCAAGCUGGAUAUACCUCUCCUCCACCUCCACUCAGGUCUGAAGAGACUACUAUUGACAUUGGUGGAGGAUGGACAAUCUCAGGUUUGGAUUUAGAUGAUCCACACCUCAUGGCAAUAGCAGAAGCUGAACGUCAGAUUUUAGAGUCUGAGUAUGAUGAUCAUACAGCUCCUGAUACCAGUCUUGCUGCAUUUUUCCGCAUAUCUGCCCUAAUUUUGAUGACUCUUCUAUUACGGUGCGCAUUGACUAUACCAGAUUAUGCAGAUGGUGAAGAUGAGGACACUUCUUCAAUACUUUCUCUUUUCUUACUCCGAGCUGCCACUUUUCUUCUUCCUUGCUACAUCAUGGCAUCAGCCAUUAGUAUCUUACAUCGGCGAAGGCAAAGACAGGAAGCAGUGGCUUUGGCAACCAGGUUUGCAUUGGUGCUCAGCUCACGUCAGCCUAGAGCCAUGAUUAAUUACUUGUCCAUGGAGCCUUGAUUAACUUUUUGAUGGAAACUAUUGAAUUCAAACUUUGUUAACUACAAGACAACCACUAGGUCUACAUGAAGUUCCUUCUGAAUCGGCUUUAUCACAAGUUAAAAGCUCAAGGAAGGAGUGUCCUAGCUUAGUGCAGAGCUUCUUCUUUUCUUAAGUAAACGAAUCU